UGUUUGGGCUGGAUUGGGGGAAAUAUUUCAUUUUGCCAGGUCGCCAUUCCGGCUGAUUAAUUGAUCGUGUAUUAUGUUUUUGUUUUAUUAAUUACUGAUAAAUGGUUACAAUUUUAUUUAUGGGAAAUCAUCAUUAUAUUGAAUGGUGAUCAGAAUGUUAUUAAGGGUGAGAAAUAUUGUUAAAAGUUAAUCCGUUGUGAUCUUGACAAGCGAUAAAUGAUGGUUAAGAAAUGGGGAACAGUUGGCUUGUGUUCCAUUGGAAACUUGAUCAACUCCGCAGAUCGGAUUAUCAUGCCUAUUGCCAUAAUUCAGAUGACUGAUCAAUACAAAUGGAGCCUUUAUUGGCAAGGUUGGAUUCUUAGUUCAUUUGCAUUUGGUUACAUAACUAGUCAGUUAAUUGGUGCCCGAGCAGCUACCCGAUAUGGAAGUAAAAAAGUUUUAGCUUGGGCUGUCUGUCUUUGGUCAAUUUCCACACUCUUAACACCACUAGUUACGCCACAUUUGUACCUUUUAAUUACCUGUAGAAUACUUUUGGGACUUGGGGAAGGAUUAGGACUCCCAACAAUAUUUACAAUUUUUGCUCAAACUGUGCCGGUACACGAGCGAUCUACAGCUUUUGGUUACCUUAUUGGAGCAGGUCAUGUUGGCCAAACAUUAGCUGCUCUUUUAUGUCCUCAUCUAAAUUGGGAACUUUCUUUUUAUCUAUUUGGAAGUCUUGGCAUCGUUUGGUUGUUUGUUUGGAUGGUUGUAUAUAAAGAAGAAAAGUUGAGUCAAGAAGAUGAAUUACCUUUAGUUUAUUCAAAGACGGGAGCCAAACAAGUUCAUUGGGUUCGUUUUCUUUGCCAUUGGUCUCUAUGGGCUAUUUAUAUAGCCCAUUUUGCAAUGAACUGGUCCAAUUACAUUAUAAUGCAAUGGUUACCUACAUAUCUUUCACGAUAUCUCGGUGCUAAUAAAGAAUCAGUCAGUCUAACAGCUGUACCAUAUAUAGUUAAUUCCUUGUUUGGAGUUGUUUCAGGUCAUCUAGCUGAUUGGUUAAUCGCGAGAAAUUGGUCUAUACUUUCUGUUAGACGAAUUAUGACCUUUGUUGGUCUUUUUGGGCCAGGAAUUUUCUUAAUAUGUUUUUGUACAGUUAAUAGUUUAUUAUACGCCGUGAUAUUUGUAUCCAUAUCAAUGGGUCUAUGUGCCUGUAAUUCUGCAGGUCAUCUCUCUAACCAUACUGAAGUUGCUCCAAAUCAUGCAGGAUUAACAUUUGCAAUCUCAAACACGUUAGCCACGAUUCCAGGUAUCCUGUGUGGACCUUUAACAGCUGAACUCGUUGUACAAUCUCAUGGUCGUUG